AAAAUCUCAUUACUAUAAUAAACACCAACAGGCCCUCUCUCUCUCUAUCCAUUUCUCUCACUAAACUCAAAAAAAUGCAGAGGCUAUCUCUAGGUUCCCCACACUCCGACGGCCUCCUCCAACUCAACAAAGACGACGACCACCACAAAUCAACCACACUUCCGCCUCCUCGCCGCUUCUCCGUCUCCUCCUCCUCCACGUCAUCACCGUCGUCUCCACCUAAACCUGAAAAACUCGUUCACUUCAUACCUCUCCUCACUCUCCUCUGCUUCUUCCUCCUCUAUCUCGUCUCUCACACUCCCUCUCAAUCAGAUUUAGCUCAGUUCAAAGGAUUCAAGCAGUCUGCUAAGUAUAUACACGAUUCGGUUGCGAUUAACGACGUUAUUGAUCGAUUCGACGACAUAAGAAGAGGCGAUGUUUUAGCUCUUAGUAAUCUCAGAAACUUGCAAGAAAUCGCCGGCGAGAACCGCUCCUCGCCGAAAACACGGUUACACAGAAAAAUAAUCGCCGAUGUUUGAGCCGGAAUCUCGGCUUUACUGUAUGUUUUUCUUUUUGGCGCAUUAAUAAUUCGUUGAUUGUGGAGAAAAAGUCUCUUAAAUUUGGAUUCUGUUUUAGUAUUUUUUUAAUUUUUUUUAGAUUCAGUGAAGUAUAUGCUAAAAUGCGCGGAUGAUGUGGCGUAAGGUAGAAUUUGUUGGGUUAAAAUUGAUAAUGUGCGCGGGGGUGGUAGAGUUUGAGUGUGAUCCAGCUGGACAAUGAGACCGUUGUUUUUGGAUAUAAAUCCAGCUGGAAAGUUUUUGGGUUUGGGUAAGGUGGAGGAAGGCAUUCAAUUGCUUGUCAUAUUAUCAUAAUCAAGUGCCCACAACAAUAGUGCCAUCAUUUAAUCUUUUUUUUGAUAUAUUAGUAUUAAAUUUAAA